AUGAAAAACCUCGAUGCGCACAAGUACAUUAAAUUGGUGAAUUUUCUAAACAGGAAGAAAAAGUACCCCCAGUUUAAUUUUAAAUAUGUCAAAGGUGAAGACGGAUGUGACCUUCAGCUAGCCAAUUAUGUAAAUAUCAACAAAGGGAAAAUACGAAACGAUACUUUGAGGUACACAAAUGACAGUGCAGUGUCCAUGAUACUUUCCAAUGUGGCCGAGCUUGGAAAUGAGUCUGUGGUUUCCUCCACGCAAAGCAAAGGGGUGGAGAGAAAACUCUUCCUAUCGAAUGGCACCAAAGAGAAGAGGAAUAACAACCUGGGUAGGAAUUCCCAAACGAAGGACGAUUUAACGAUACAGAUAGGUUAUGGCAAUGGGGAAGAGAACCUGCCUAACGGUGUCACUGCGCCGUUAGCAGGUUGCAAAUUGAAACAGACAGGAUGGAGAAAGGUAGAUAUACCACACGAUGAUGGAAUGGGCCGAGCGUGUCCACACAAGGAGGACCAGGUCAAUUCCCAAGUGAUGCGAAUGCAUUGUAACGGAGCGUCAUAUGAAGGUGUGAAUUCGACCGAGGGGCGAAGCAGUGUACACAGAAAUGGCGGAAUGAACAAAUUUGAGAUUUUCCAAAAGAGGGAAUCCCCUCGAGAUGGGUAUGACAUAGAAGGGGGGCAGAUACACACCCGUGAGAAACUCACCCAAUUAGGGUUUAACCACCGAGGGGGUCGUUACACCGUUAGUAAUGGCGACGAAGGGAGCUACAACGGAGGUGAGAAGAACAGAGAUGCCAAUACGUUGCAACCAGAGGAGGGAACACAAAGAGAGUUAAGUAGCGAGGAAAAUUUUGCCAAGGUGAAAAUUACCAAAGAAAAUAUUAUAAUUAUGGAUAAUUUGAAGGAGGAAGGGAGGAAGGGAAAAAAAACGAAGAAAAUGACCAUGACGGAGGAGAAGGAAAAUAUGGAUGACGAUGUAGAGACGAUGGGGAGUAGCGUGAGAAACGAUGUGCAGGAAAAAUGCCUGAAGGUGGAGGAGACACAAGGAGGGGAAGAAACAGGCAGUAGUUGUAACGGGGGAAACAAAGAUGAUCUAGCAGGAGACAAGCAGAAGAAAGUAUGUGAUGAUAAUCCAAAUGAAGAAGGAAAGGAAAAAGAAAAAAUAAAUUUUCAAAUGAAGAAUGGCAAGGCAAAUAAGAAGUGUCUGUACCCACAUGAAAUUGUGGAAUAUUUAAACAAAUAUAUUAUAGGGCAAACGGAAGCAAAGAAGGUUGUGGCAAAUGCAUUGAGACAGAGAUGGAGAAGGAUACAAGUGGAUGACGAUAUGAGGAAGGACAUUAUUCCAAAGAACAUAUUAAUGAUAGGGCCAACUGGAGUUGGGAAAACAGAAAUAGCAAGAAGAAUUUCCAUGUUUGUGGAUGCACCAUUUAUCAAAGUGGAAGCAACAAAGUUUACUGAAGUGGGAUUUCACGGAAAAGACGUCGACCAGAUUAUUAAGGACUUAGUCGAAAUAGCUGUGAAGAGACAAAAAACAAAAUUCGAAAUUGAGAUCAGGGAACAGGCACAAGAAACGGUGGAAAAUAUUAUACUGUAUUCCCUACUGGGAAAUAUAAAAGAGGAGGAGAAGAACAUUUGGAGAAAAUAUUUGAAAGAUGGCUCCUUAGACGACAAGGUAGUCAGUAUUGACAUUCCCAACUAUGUAAAUAACAACAUGUUUUCCAACGACUCAGUCGAAAAUGCAGUGAAGGAAGCACUAAGCAAUCACCAGAAUAUUAAGAGCGUCAAAAUUAUUCACCAGAAUAUUAACAAACAGAAUGAUAAAAAAACGAUGACUAUACGGGAGGCCAAACAAAAACUGCUACAGUUAGAAAUAGACUCCUCCAUGAACCAGGACGUUAUCCUAAAAACAGCCAUCAGCUCCGUAGAAGAAGAAGGAAUAGUCUUCAUCGACGAAAUUGACAAAAUUUGUUCCAAGUCGAACUCCUCUUACAACGGACCAGAUGCAAGCGCCGAGGGAGUUCAGAGAGAUUUACUACCCCUUAUAGAAGGAUGCGUAAUUAACACCAAGUACGGAAAUAUCAACACGAACUAUAUUCUGUUCAUCGCUUCAGGGGCUUUUCAGAGAGUCAAGCCGAAUGAUAUGCUAAAUGAACUGCAGGGGAGAUUACCAGUCCAUGUGAACCUCUCCAGUUUAACUAUAAAAGAUUUUAUCGAAAUUUUGACAAAGACACAUAAUAAUUUGUUGCAGCAGAAUAUUGCCCUACUAAAAACGGAAGGGAUCGACCUGCAGUUUACGGAUGAUGCCAUUGAAACCAUUGCAAAUGCCGCACAUGACAUGAACUUUUACGUGGAAAAUAUCGGCGUGCGAAGACUGCAUACUAUUAUAGAGAAAAUCAUGGAGGACAUAAAUUACGACGUUUACAAUUAUGUUAACAAAACCAUUGUCAUCGAUAAGGAGAAGGUGAAGAAGUCCCUCGAGGGAUUCAUUAAGCAGUUCGACUUGAAGAAGUACAUCAUUUGA